AUGUUCGGGGAUGGAUUCCGCCUCCCUACAGAUUUGCCGCUUAACGAGGCUCAACGUCAAGCAACGAUUAGUGCGAUGACCAACCGUCUGACUCUCGUUCAGGCGGACAAUCUCAUGGAGGGGCUUAGCAAUCGAGGCAUUCGCAGUGUCCGUGUAGGUAGCGGAAGCGAAUCGGACUUGAAGGAGGAGUCAAUUCAAGACCUUCCUCGAUACCGUGACCUUCUGCGAAUGCGAGACACCAAUUCUGGAGAGGCCCGAAGUCUCCGCAUGCUUCUUGUUCGAGAAGCUGUCCGCAAGUACAAUGUGAUUAUCGCUACUUGUGUGGGCAGUGGGCACGAGAUGUUCGACGACGUGACUUUCGAAAGGGUUAUUAUUGAUGAAUGCGCUCAGUCGAUUGAACCUUCCAACCUGAUCCCGCUAGGUCAUGGUUGCCGCUCGGUGGUCCUCAUCGGCGAUCACAAACAACUUCCACCGACAAUCGUAUCAAGGGAGGCUAGUGAAGGCGGGCUUGGCGUUUCGCUUCUUGAAAGAUUCGUUGGCAGCGGCAUCGCGCCGAUCCACCUGCUAAAUGAGCAACGUCGUAUGCACCCGAGCAUCGCGCACUUUCCCAACAUGCAGUUCUACCAAGGGAAGAUUUUCAGCCGAGACGUGGAUGACUGCAACCGGCCUCCAGUCGCAGGUUUCCUAUGGCCAUCGCCGCACAGUCGCGUCUGUCUGAUUGACAUCUCUGCUGGGCUUGCGAACAUGGAGCAGUCCUUGGGGACGUCGAAGUACAGUCUUGUGGAGAUCGACCCAAUCUUGGCGAUACUGCGAUCGGUACUGCAGUGCGGGACAAUCCGUCCGAGCGAAAUCGGCAUCUUAACUCCGUACGAUGCACAGAAGGCACGAAUUCGCUUCGCCUUGAACGACUCUUUCGAUAAGGCGCUGUGCUACCAGAUUGACGUUGACUCGGUUGAUGGGUUCCAGGGCAAAGAAAAGGACCUUAUCAUCUUUAGUGCAGUUCGGUCCAACCCAAGAGGGGAAAUCGGCUUCUUAAAAGAUGCGCGCCGGCUGAAUGUUAUGCUAACGCGUGCUAGAAGGGGCCUCCUGGUUGUUGGAGACCAGUUGUCUCUGUGGGCUGAUACGGUGAACUGGAGACCAUGGAUUUCUUGGGUUGGUAGCCAGAGGUCGAUUGUUCCCAUAUCUCGCCUGAAUGACUACCUUGAGGUUCCCACCUACAACUAUAACCCCAUAACGUCAGGAGCCGCUCGUGUGGGUGUAAGCGUGACUGGCACUGGGGGUGUCACCGCAGCCACCACGGGUGGAGGGGCCAUAAAGACGGGUUAUAUGCCGCAAGGCUUCCAAGCAGAUUUCGCGGGCGGUGGUGUGGGCCCACGCGGAGAGGGAGGGCGCGAAGCUGCACCCGAGCCAAUGCAUGAAGAAGAGGAAGUGCCGGAGGACUGGGAACAACAUCUUUGA